AUGCUGGCCUCUGCUCGCUGCGCUUCCCAGAGAUCCUUCUCGGCUUCUGCAUCAGCCAAGAACCGUGUAAGUUCAUCCAACUUUUGACCUUUAUACCUUUUUUUUUUUGAAUAUUCUUGAGUAGAAGAAAAGUGUCAAUUUCAGGAAGCUUUCAUCGUUGGCGCAGCCCGCACGCCGAUGGGAUCUUUCAGGUCGUCUUUGGCGACGGUAACCGCGCCGCAACUCGCCACAGCCGCCAUUACCGCGGCUUUGGAACGCAGUGGAACCAAGGCUAGCGCUGUCCAAGAGGUAACUUGAGCGUUUUCUGAAAGUUGUUGUUGGUUUCAAGAGAGGGAGGGCUUUGAGACUAAAAAUAAUCGAUUUUUUGGGUUUUUUUAUAAAUUUGUUCUUAGUGAAGCUGAAACAAAAUGAGCAAUUUUUUAGACUUCAAAAUUUGAGAAUUGAAAAAAUCUCCCCUCAAGUUAUAUAAUUCAGAUUUUCCUCGGCCAAGUUUGCCAGGCCAACGUUGGACAAUCGCCCGCUCGGCAGGCUGCUUUGGCUGCAGGUGAAAAGACAAAAUCAUUUUUUUAAUUUACCCUGUUUUCAGGCCUGGAUUUGUCGGUGACGGUUACCACGGUGAACAAAGUUUGCUCCUCCGGUCUGAAGGCUAUUAUGCUCGCGGCGCAGCAAAUUCAAACAGGCCAUCAGGAUGUGGGUUAUUGGAGAUAUAUUAAUGCUUUUAUUUUUUUUAAAUCAUGCUUUUGGUCCUCCACGGGUUUUCUUUCAAAUCUGAUUUCUAGUGCGUGUUUUCAUAUAUCCUCUAUUGAGGUAUUAGAGAACAGAAUAGGAAAUCAAAUCUUGAGUAGAGCGAUUUUUGAAAAGCUUACAACUGAAGUAGAUCUUCGCAUAGGAAUAAAACGUAACUUUACUGGAAAAACAUUCGAAAUUCUUGAGGGAAUAAUCCGACGUUACCAACAUGUUCGAUUUUCAGCAUGAAAGUAUAACCAUUCGAUCCGUCUCGUCGAGAUACGUACGAAUAUCAUAAAAUUAUUUGGCGCUAGUAAGAAGAAAUAACUUUAUGGUGUGCAACAACCAGAAAAAAAUUUCAAAAAUUUCGCUGUAUUUUUCGACGCUGAUUCAGUUCAACUAUCGCUACUACGCCAUGAGAAGAAAAAAUCUUUUAAAAUAGGAAAAAAUUUGAAAAUUAUUCGAAAAAAAACAAUGCAAAAAAGAAAAAAAAAAAUGAGAAAUCACAGUAAAAAUAAGCGACCGCGUCGAAGCCCGCGCUUACGCACACUAUGCUCCUUUAAUAUUUUUUCUUUCUUUUGUUUUUGGGAAAUACAUUUUACAGAUUUUUUCGCUACGCGUAUCAAGUUUGCAAAUCUACCUGAUAGUGUUUUAGUGUCCACGUUUUGAAACUUCAUGCUUUUUAUGUCAAGUUUUUCAUUUAUUUGACGAAUUGUUCGCUGUGGCUCAGUUUUUUCGAAGCGAUCCACAGUCGGCUUCGCGCUAUGCGCGCUCCGCCUCCGUGUGAAAGCCUAUUUUCUUAAGUAAUAAGCCUAUUUUCUUAAGUAAUUCAUUAAAAGAAAAAGCAAAAACUUCUAUUCCUCAGAAUAAUUACCUGAUUGAAAACUAAUAAAGUUCAUCUUAAAAUUUUUCUUAGUGGUCAGCGCCGAAUAAUUUUAUGAUAUUCGUACGUAUCUCGACGAGACGGAUCGAAUGGUUAUACUUUUAUGCUGAAAAUCAAACAUGUUGGUAACGUCGGAUUAUACCUUCUUGAGGUGUAAUGGCUUUUCUAGUUUUGGGGCUAUAGUUAACGACCUUAAUUCAUGUUGAAUUUGGGCUUCAAAAAUUCAUAUAUCUUAAAUUAAUGGGAAUAUAGCGACUAUGAAAACAUAUUAGCUUUCAGAAAAUUUCUGAGCAAAUUUGAAAAAUUCCACUUUGGACCUUCAAAAGAUCUUUGUUCAACUUUUAACUUAUUUUUAAACACAAUGAAAAUGAUUUUAAAGGUGACGAUCGGCGGUGGAAUGGAGAGCAUGUCGCAAGUGCCGUUUUACGUGCCCCGCGGAGAUAUUCCGUACGGCGGCGUUCAGAUGAUCGACGGAAUCGUCAAGGACGGCCUCACCGACGCCUACGACCGCGUUCACAUGGGAACCUGUGGCGAGAAAACGUCGCGCGAGCUUGGAAUCAGCCGCGAGGACCAGGACCAGUACGCCAUCUCCAGCUACAAGAAGGCCGCCCAAGCCUGGAAGGUCUCUGGCUUUUUGAACUGGAUAAAAAGAGAUAGUGCCUGGUUGGUGGAGAGCCCAGACAGAUCACGCCUCUUUGCGUCCCAAGCUAUCCGUGAAUCGACUGCACCUCGGGAACAAUUUACCCCUUUUUUCAACACAUUUUUUUGUUUUCAUAUUGAUCUCCAAAAAAAGUCAUGAAGAUAAUAAAUUUUUUCAUCUUUCAGGAUGGAAAUCUCGGUCCUGAAGUCGUUCCGGUCAACGUAAAAUCGAAAAAAGGCGUUACGGUGGUCGACAAAGACGAAGAGUUCUCCAAAGUCAACUUCGACAAGUUCACCUCGUUGAAAUCCGUUUUCCAAAAAGGUAUACUUGCUUAAUUGAAGUUAGGACUAUGGACUUAAAGAAAAUAGUUUCUGCAGGUUGACAUCAGAAAUAUAAGGUGGAACGAGUGUUAAGAAAAUAAAUUUCGCGAAAAGCCCUCAAAAUUCAACCAAAAGUCCUUUUUGAAGACGGCACCAUCACGGCUGCAAACGCCUCGACGCUGAACGACGGCGCGGCCGCCGUGAUCGUCGUAUCGGCGGACGCCGUCAAGUCGCACAACCUGAAGCCGUUGGCUCGGAUUCUGUCUUUCGGCGACGCCGCAACGCAUCCUCUCGACUUCGCAAUCGCUCCCACUCUGAUGUUCCCCAAGGUAUGAGUUUAUCAUGGACAGGAAGACGCUUUCGGUUUGCAUUUCUUGUAUUGCUACAUUGAAGGGUUUUUUUUUGCUUUUUAAGAUUCAAUAGACUUUUUCGGAGAAGGAAAAGAAUCAUGGUAUAAAAAUGUAUGACCCAUGGAAAUCCCGCACUUACUUUUAGCUACGAGAAAGUCUCUUGAUUUUGAAGGGUUUUUUUUUGCUUUUUAAACGUGUUUUUUGAUAGGUACUGAGAGAGCCUAAUAAGAGUAGACUUUUUUAUAUAUUUAAUCCACCUUCUAAUUUUUAUGCGAUAAAUUUCGAACAAAUUGAGACGGCUUCGCUUCGAAAUUCCGUACUGUUUUUCAAGUCCUUCAAAACUGAUUAUAUCUCGAAUUGAUGUUUUUGGAGUCACCAGUGUUUUUUGGUUGAUUAUUCGAAUUGGAUGAUAAGGAUAAGCCCUAAUUUUCGAUUUUCGAAUCUUCCGCAGUCAAAAAUAUCUCUAUUUAUUUAAAUUUUCGUUAUUUUCCUCUGUAGGACUCUUCAAAAGAAGUAAAUUUAUUCACAAUUUCCGCCGAUACAAACAUCGAAGGAAAUAGGGAAUUUCUCAAGGUCUUUUUCUACUAGUAAUGCUCACCAGAAAGUCAGGAGGUUUUUUAUUUCAGCUUCUGGAACGGGCCGGUGUCACCAAGGACGAAAUCGCUCAGUGGGAGGUCAACGAAGCCUUCUCCUGCGUUCCUCUCGCCUUCAUCAAGAAGGUUUGAAAUAACCAAUAUUUUUCCAAGGAAGCUCAAAAUUCAGAUGGGAGUUGAUCCGGCGUUGGUCAAUCCUCACGGAGGAGCCGUUUCUCUCGGACAUCCCAUUGGGUUCGUUUCUUUUUCUUUCCGAUAUGUGGGGUUUCAGUAAAAUACCAGCUGAGCGUCGAAUGAAGACGUCAAAAAGCCACUUUAUUGGAAUUUUUUUAAUAUUCAAGGCUUAAUAAUUUUUCUAAAGCUUUCUACUUCGAGUAAAAAGCGCAGAAGGGAUAUGCCGUAACGGAAUUUUGUUUAUAUUGAAAAAAAGUGUGUAUUUAGAACAUUCUGAGCUGUAAUUUUUCUUCUAAAAAAAUAAAUUUUUUUCAUAAAUAAUAAUUCAAUUUCUUGUCUUGCCCGACGUCUACCCCAUUAUUAACACAAACAGCUCAAGAACAUUGAUGUUCUCAAAAAAACCUACUUAGUUUUUUGUGUCUUACAUAAUUCAUGUGUUUUUUUCUUCAAGUUCAAUAGAUAAUUCAAUCAAUUUCCAUUCUUUUUUUCCCAAAAAAAAAACGUUGUUUCACGCCUAAGAAAAAGAUUAUUUUGUUUUCGCUUUGCGCAUCACUGUUAGAAAUUGUUGCUCGCUGAUAAGUGUCUUGUAGUCGUGUACUUUGCAAUCUUUGAUGGUAUACUUUGGUCUCGUUCAGCCUUUAUCAGCAUUUUUUUCCAUUGCGAUAUCAUGUUUUUUUCUCAUGCUUUUUUUGCGGUUUUUCAGAGCGUAGUCUCUUUAAAAAAAAAGAAAAAGAAUCUUUUUUGUUUUCUCUGAACCUUCUCUGAAGACUGAAUAACAGUUUCAAAGUUUCACAAGUUUUUUUUAAUUUCAGAUUUACGGCGAAAGAUUAUUUGAAAUGAGAGUAUUAUCAACAACAAAAAAAUCUGUUUAAAACCCGAUCAAAUAAUUGACUUCUUAUUUCCUUUUCAUAAUUCCAAAAACUUGAUUCCAGGAUUUGGAAAGUAGAAUUUCUGAACGAUAUUUUUGAAAAUCGGUCUCGCAAAAAUUUGAAAGAUAGCAAGAAUUCUUUCUAUUUUUCUUUAAUUCUCUCUGAAAAAAACGAAAAGUUCAGAAUGUCGGGAGCCCGACUGAUCACUCACCUGGUCCAUACUCUGAAGCCAGGCCAAAAAGGCUGCGCGGCCAUUUGCAACGGCGGCGGCGGCGCCAGCGGAAUGGUCAUCGAGAAACUUUAA